AUGGCCGAGGAGCUGAGGCCUAAGGCAGCUGUCCCUGCAGCAGCAGCUCAGGUCCCCGACGAUGAGCAGUUCGUCCCCGAUUUCCAGGCUGACAACUUGGUCCUGCAUGCCCCACCGCCGGCAAAGAUCAAGCGGGAGCUGCACAGCCCUUCCUGCGAGCUGUCGUCCUGUAGCCACGAGCAGGCCCUCUGCGCUAACUAUGGAGACAAGUGCCUCUACAACUGCUGCCGCCCCGUGUACCAGCGGCAGCUCUCGGAGCCCCUGGGCCCCUCCGGCGCCCCCCGGCCCCCUCAGGGAUUCAAGCAGGAGUAUCACGACCCCCUGUACGAUCAGGGGGGCGCCGGCCUGGCCGGCCCCCCGCCCGGGCCUGCCUUCUCCCAGGCCCCUAUGGGCAUUAAGCAGGAGCCCAGGGAUUACUGCAUCGACUCAGAAGUGCCUAACUGCCAGUCCUCGUACCUGAGAGGAGGGGGCAUCUUCCCCAUUGUCCGCGGGGCCCCCCCUUACCAGCCGCGUGGCUGGCUGCAGCUCUGCCAGUUCCUGUUCACGCUCCUGGACGACCCUGCCAAUGCCCACUUCAUCGCCUGGACGGGCCGCGGCAUGGAGUUCAAGCUCAUCGAGCCCGAGGAGGUAGCGCGCCGCUGGGGGAUCCAGAAGAACCGGCCCGCCAUGAACUACGAUAAGCUCAGCCGGUCUCUGCGCUACUACUAUGAGAAGGGCAUCAUGCAGAAGGUGGCCGGCGAGCGGUACGUCUACAAGUUCGUCUGCGACCCCGACGCCCUCUUCUCCAUGGCCUACCCCGACAAUCAGCGCCCCUUCCUCAAAGCGGAGCCUGACUGCCCCGUGGCUGAAGACGACACCUUGCCGCUGACGCACUUUGAGGACAGCCCCGCGUACCUCCUGGAGCUGGAUCACUGCAGUGGCCUGCCCUACGCGGAGGGCUUCGCUUACUGA